AUGAGCGUUGAAGUAAAGGAACAAACUGAAGCAGUUCCAUUUCUUGGAGAUGGAGAUGGAGUUAAGAAACCAGUUGAAGAGAAACCCGAGAAAAUUGAAAUGGAUGUUCAACUCAUAGACAAGGAUACUUCCGGUGGAUUUUGGAUAUUUAAGGGACCCAUUCUGCAAAGACUUGCUACUGGAACCAUUUUUGUGGCCGUCUUUGGCAUAACCAGCUGCUUUAUGGCCAUGUCCUUUGCGUAUUUCAAUAGCACAAUGACAACGCUCGAAAAACGCUACAAAAUACCAACGAAAGUUUUGGGAGUAUUAUCAACUGGAAAUGAUAUAAGUGCCAUGUUUUCAUCGAUCAUUAUAGGCUAUUAUCUGCGAAAUGUGCAUCGACCACGUUGGAUGGGCUUGGGCUUUUUAAUAAUCACAGUCUUCUGCAUAAUGAAUGCCUCGCUGCACUUCCUUUAUGGAGCCGGUGAAGACGCCUUAAAAUUAACUCAGGAAUUUGGAAAUCGAAAUAUCACUGGGAACUCAACAUCCUCAUUGAGCAGCUCACAAUUGUGCACAUCUGAGAAAACCAAUUGUCACAUGGACAUCGAAUCAUGGUCACCCAUUAUCAUUUUGUUCGUUGCCCAGCUAAUAUUGGGAAUUGGAGCGGGAAUGGUAAUAAUUGUGGGCGUGGCCUACAUGGAUGACAACACGGCCAAGUCGAAAGCGCCAGCGAUGCUGACCUUAUCCACAUUUCUUAGGAUGAUGGGUCCGUCAGCUGGAUACUUACUAUCUUCGCAGUGCUUGAAGCUGUACAUUGAUCCCCGCUUAAGUCCACUUAUCAAGAAUACAGAUCCCAGAUGGAUGGGUGCCUGGUGGCUUGGAUAUAUACUAUUGGCUGUUAUCACACUGCUAAGCGCAUUCGUUAUUGCUCUAUUCCCCAAGGAGUUGCCCAGUGCGAAGGCAAGACGUUUAAAGCAGGCAAAAACUGAAGAACCAGAUCCCAACGAUAAACAUAAGGCGCAUUCAGUCAGCGACAUGUGGAAAUCGGUCAAAGGUCUAGCCGUGAACAAAGUCUAUGUGUAUAACAUGGCUGCUUCAAUCGUUUACUUCUUUGGAUACAAUGUCUAUUGGACCUUUUCGCAGAAGUACAUCGAGAUCCAAUACCGUCAGUCGGCAUCUGUGGCAUCCAUGGCAUCGGGUCCUGUGCCACUCUCAUUUUCCGCCGUGGGUGUUGUGCUCUCAGGCUACGUCAUUUACAAGUUCAAGCCAGGAGCUCGUGCUAUUGUCUCAUGGAAUGUUAUAGUUGAUUUUUUAACAGUUGCUGGCAUAUUGUGCUAUUCGCUGAUUGGCUGCAAAGAUAGCGAUCAAUUGGGAUCCAUGGCGACGACCAGCAACAGCUGCAGUGCCUCUUGUCAUUGUGAUUAUGCAUUUUAUUCCCCGAUCUGUAGUCCGAAUAAUGUCACCUAUACAACCGCCUGUCAUGCUGGCUGCACUGCCAUGAGCAAAGAUCCGUUCGAUAAUGAUCGCAAAAUAUACACAGGAUGCUCGUGUAUUUCGGCUCCAAACAUUACUGACACUGAUGUCUCCCACUGGCAGACUGCAGUCGGUGGACAUUGUCCUGUUGAUUGCACUCAACAGUUCUACAUUUUCCUAGUCGUCAUGUGCUUCCUCAAGCUUGUGGGAGCGUCCAGUAAAUCAACCAACUUUCUCAUAUCGUUGCGCUGCAUUCCACCGGAGCAGAAAAGCUUUGGGUUGGGACUUGGCAGCAUGGUCACUUCGUUGCUGGCAUUUAUACCCAGUCCGAUAUUUUAUGGUUGGCUAAUCGAUAAAUACUGCUUGGUUUGGGGCAAGACGUGCAGCAAUAAGGGCAAUUGUUGGCUUUACGACACAUACUCACUGAGAUAUGUGCUCAAUUACACGGCAGCGACAUUUGUUCUUCUAGGAGGUUUUUGCAAUAUAUUUGUUUGGUAUUACGCCAAGCAUUUGCAAAUAUUCGAUGAGAAUGAAGAGACAAAGCUAUCGCUGAAGCGCAAAGAGGAGAAUAUACUACAAGGUUUAGGCAGCACUUUGCAACUAGAAAUAAAAGAAGAAAAACUUUAAUAUCUUGGAUCACUAAGAUUUUCCAAACAUUUAAACUUACAAUAAAGAUCACAUACGACGAGUCCCUAUGGAUCCAAUAUAUCAA